UAUAAUUUUCUUUUUUCGUUCUUUUUUUCAAUUUAGUGAAGUGAAUGUAAAAACAGAGACAAUUAGAAAUAGACUAAUUUUUAAUUAUUUUGCUAGCAAUAGAAAAGAAGAAGAAAAAUUUGAGAGACGAAAGAAAAAUGUUUUUUCGAAAGAGAAAAGAAUUGUGGAGGAAUUUCCUACAUAAAACACGAACAAUUUAUGGAAAAAUGUUAAUCUAAUGAGAAUGGAUUUUCAAUACCAAUUUUUCCAAUCCAGAAAAAUAAAACGAAAUAAUGUGAAGUGUUUGUAAAGAUGACAACUCUUGCAACUGGGAAAUUAUGUCUUCUUUUAAUCAUUUUCCUUCUCGUUGAUAACGGCGCGUGCAUCAAGUGGUUAGCUCUGGGUCGAUCAUGGGAUGAAAAUGCAUGGACAAAGGAGGCCUGUAUUGAAGCUAAAAAUCUUGGACUCUUGGAAAGGAAGCAGGCGAAACUUUGUAGAACAACUUUGGAUGUGAUGCCGAGUUUUGUUCAAGCCGCUAAAGAUACAUCGUCAGUUUGUCAGCAGGCUUUUCGAAAUCGCAGAUGGAAUUGCAGUAGCAUUGAUCGGGCCCCCGAUUAUUCGCCUGAAUUAAUAACUGGAACGAGGGAACAAGCUUUCGUUUAUGCAGUGUCAGCUGCAGCUGCUGUUUGGCGAUUGGCGAGGGGUUGCGCCCUGGGAAGUUUGACUGUAUGUUCAUGUGCAACACCACCGAGACGAGAACCACCAUCAUCAUCGGCUCUAGUUUCAUCCUCAUAUUCGCCGGCAACAUUUUCCUUUGCAAUUUCAGCGAGAAAUUCCUUUAAAUGGGGUGGAUGUGGAGACGACGUUCGUUCAGCAUCAAGAAUGGCGAAGAGAUUCCUUCAGGGAACAACAAUUUAUCAAGGCUCCGGACCAGUUGGUAAAUUUUUGCAGGCCGUCAAUAUGCACAAUAAUCGAGCCGGACGACGGGCUGUGGAUCAGAGUUUGAUUUUGGAAUGCAAGUGCCAUGGUGUUUCUGGUUCGUGCAGUAUUCGAACAUGUUGGCGAGGAUUGGGAUCAUCAGGACCAUCGGUAGCGGGGGCGAGAUUACUUCGAAGGUACGCGACUGCAGCCGAAGUUCGACCAAGAGUCGGAGGAAGACUGCCACCACUUUAUCAUCACGAUAAUUUAUUAUUCACCACCAAAAGUUCCGAUUAUUGUCUACCUGAUAGAAAGAGAGGUAGUCUUGGCACUUCAGGCAGACAAUGUAAUGGAAGCAGUUCAGGAUACGACGGCUGCGAAUACCUUUGCUGCGGUAGGGGCCACAUGAAAAAAUCCAGAGAUACUGUCGAAAGAUGUCAAUGCAAAUACGUAAGUUGUUGCUACGUCAAAUGCAAAUCCUGUCGGAGAAUCACAACCACUUAUGUGUGCAACUGAAAUAAAAAAAGUAUUUAAAACAUAUCCUCCUGUUUCAAGAUAAACACAAGAAAAUAUAAGAUAAAAGUACCUAUAAAACAAAAUAUUACAAUCAUAGAAAAAAAUACUACAAGAAAAAUAAAAUAUUAAACAAACAAAAAUUCUACAACGAAAAUCAAGAAUAAAAUUUAAAAAAUAUUCUUACCUCUUGGUUCCAUAUUUAAUAGAUUUCCCAAAAAAAUAUUUCUGAAAUUUAAUCCUGAUCCACGAAGCAAUUCUUUUCUUCUAUUCCACUGAUUAUGAAAAAAAAGAGGGUAAAAAAGAAGAAAAGUCAAAUCGAUCGAAAGCAAAUCUUAUCCAAGAUUUUCUGUGGCGACAAAUUUUUGCCCACUCAACCAUUUAUUGUCGAAUUGUUGAACUGGAAAUCCUAUAAAUCUUCAUCGAACGAUUUCAAACUAAAAAUAAUAAUAAACAUAAUCGUAAUAAUAAGAAUAUUAUC